AUGGAUCCAGCGUCGUACGUUGAUCCGAACCUGACGCAGCCGGACCUGCUGGUGCUCAAGUGCCUGCUGCGAGACGUCGAGGGCCAGCCGGACAAGACGCAGACAAGCAACGGACACGCCAAUGGAUCGAGUGACGGCCGGACGGGAAGAAGAAGCAACGCUCAACUCCAAGCAUCGCCUAGAAACCACCACGAAGACGAGGCAAAAGCAGACGCAGAAGACGAGAGAAAGACCAUCGAGCAUCUGAGGAACCUGAACGACCCGAGCCACGAUGACUUCGAUCCCACCGUGUUCGUCUCGUGGGACACGCGGAAGCUGCCCUUCCCGGCCGUGGUGCAGCAGUGGCUGAUCAGGCCGUACAUCGCCAGGGCACGGCAGCUGGUGCGAGUCGAGACAGACGUGGCGAUGCUCACACACCUGCUGCUGUACUUCAGCACCUCCGUGCCCAGCGCAGUGCUGCUCUUCUACCGCUUCAGCUGGCUGCAUGGAGUGAUACAUAUCUUGGUGCAGGCGUGGUACAUGGGCACCUACACGCUCAUGAUGCACCAGCACAUCCACAUGGGCGGCAUCUUGGACCGGAAGUACUGGCUGUUCGAUAUGGUGUUCCCCUAUAUCACUAACCCGCUGAUGGGCCAUACGUGGAACUCAUACUACUACCAUCACGUCAAGCACCAUCAUGUCGAAGGGAACGGGCCCGAGGAUCUGUCUUCGACGAUACGCUACCAGCGAGACGAGCUGGCUGAUUUCCUGGCGUAUAAGGGCAAGUAUGUGAUGGCGGCCAAGGCUGCGGGGUGGGAGCUGAGCACGUACUUGAUGCUGGGUGUGCUGUUUGUGCAUGUGGAUGCGCGGGCGACGGUGUUUGUGUUUCUGCUGCCGUUGAUGCUGAUGCGGAUUGCCAUGAUGGUGGGCAAUUGGGGACAGCAUGCGUUGGUGGACGAGAUCGAUCCUACGUCUGACUUUCGCUCCAGCAUCACCCUGAUUGACGUCCCGAGUAACCGGUUCUGCUUUAAUGAUGGAUACCAUACAUCGCACCACCUGAACCCGCGACGACACUGGCGAGAGCAUCCCGUGGCCUUCCUGAGCCAGCGGCAGCGGUACUCGCAGGAACAGGCGCUGGUGUUCCGCAACAUCGACUACAUCAUGAUGACGGUGAAGCUGCUGCAGAAGGACUACGACUACCUAGCCCGAUGCAUGGUCCCCAUCGGGGAGAAGCAGAUCAGCAUGACGAUGAAAGAGCGAGCGGCAAUGCUGCGGACCAAGACCAGGCGGUUCAGCGAGGAGGAGAUUGCUCGUUUGUUCAAGUAG